AUGUCCUAACUCACUAUCUAUAGAGAUACAACUGUGGGCUCUGCUUUAAAAGAUGCCCUGAAAGAAUUAGAAAAUUAAAUUGGAGAAGAGUUAAUCUCUAAAGUUAUGGAAUCAUUUGACUAAAUUAUUUGUCAGAAAUUUAACGAGUUGGAAUCACAUCAAAAGGUUGAGUUAACGGGAAAAUGCAUUAGCUACAAUAAUUGCGAUGAUGUAUGGCUAUUUCUGCUAGAUAAUUGCUAAAUCAAGUAAGAUGGCUAAAUUAACGAGAGCUCCAAUCAUUGCAGGAUAGUCGCAACCGAUACUCAAAAUCGUGAAGGUCAGAGGAGGGAGCCAGUUUCUAGGGGAAGAAGAAAUAAUCCCAGCAAUUAGAGGCGCAAUGCCAAUAGAAGAUGA